AUGCGCGUAAAGCACGUGACUCGUAAAAACAGCUGUAUCACAGCUGAGCGAUGUUCUGAACGUCGUAUAAACGUUUCAUUAACGAUAACGUCCGACAAUAAGGCUCGUAUACAUAACAUGACAGAUCUGGAAAGUAUUCACUUACCCAUAGACAUAAUUAUACAUAUAUUGUCGUACCUGCCCACAUCCGAUAGGAUGUCAGCAAGACUAGUCAGCCACUCUUGGAGGGAGGCAUCACUUGCUAUGAAAUUUGUGGACCAAGAAGCAUUGGUCCUUGGUCGACCGCGUGCAUACAAUUUAUGUCGAAUAAUGGAGAUAUUGCAACAUUCUACUCGGCCGUUUUAUCACUUUGUCUUUAGAGAAGUGGAAUUAAAGAAGAAUAUGCCAGUCUGGGAUCAAUAUGGACCGCAUAUGAAGAGUCUUGUAUUGUUGUGCUGUGAUUUGAGUGAGAAAACACUUGUAGAGAUUCUUAAAUACUGUAGCUCUUUAAAAGUAUUACGAAUAAAUGCCUGUCGAGAAUGUCUAAUGUCUGGUAGACUACUGGAGGAUGAAAACGACAUAAAAGAGCUCUCGGAAACGUUUCAAAACCUGCAGGAGCUUAGUCUCGGUUAUAAUAGAUUUUUGAGCGACGCUCUGUUUAAUAGACUCGUUUCUAUUUGCUUGAACUUGAAAUCCCUAAGUCUUAUGGGUUGUCAGAUCUCGUUCCACAGUGGAUUAUACAAGAAAUUUUAUCCUCGAAACAGGAUAACAUUGCCGGAGGCUUCGAACUCGGUUCUGACUUUUCUAAAUACGUUACACUACCUGAAACGACAAGCACACAAAUUGAAACAUCUGAAUUUCGGGUAUACGCUAAUCGAUGGAACUGCUUUGGCUACUUUGUCAUCUGUAGAAGAUCUGAAACUCGAGUCUUUAAUGUUGCAAGGCUGUUAUCAAUUGACUAUCGAGGGCAUCAAAGGUCUGACUCAGCAUCAGACGAGUUUAAAAGUUCUUGACCUUAGUUUUUGCGUACGAAUCACGGAUGCUAGUUUACUUUGUAUUUGCAAAAACUUGACAAAGCUAGAAACACUUAGAAUAAAACGGUGUCGUGCAGUUACCGACACUGGUGUACAGUAUAUUCGAUUACUUGAAAACUUGAAAGAACUCGACAUUUCAGAGGAUGAACAACUUACCGGAGACUGCAUUACUCAUGGACUUUGUUCCAAUCACAGUACAGACGAUAACGUUACCGAAGAACACAUCCAUUUCAGUAUUUUCAAUUGUAGAUCCAUAGAUGAAGAUUACGAUAUGGAAAAGAUUGUACAAAAGAGGAACAUGCAGAUAUUUUCUGCAAAUGCAUUGCAUCUUCACGAAGAGUCAGUUGAGUGUAUAUCUAGAUCGUUUCCUAAUUUAAGGGUACUCGAGCUCAGCUAUUGUUUUAGCGGUGUCACAGAUAAAACAAUACAGAUGAUAUUCAAGGAGCUUGUACAUUUGCAAACAUUAAAAAUAAGCCAUUGCGAUAAGGUCAGCGACGUCGGCUUAACGGGUAUGGGCGCUGGUAACCAUGAAAGUGUCGAAAGCAUACAGGUGGUAUAUAAACCAGAGAUCACAGAAACGAGAUUGAGAAUUAGCUUACGAUCGAGAGCCGAGGAAGAAAUAGUACGCGACGCCGAUCGGAAACGAGAGGUCAUGAAUCUCUGUGAGAAUGUCUCUAGACCGUUAGACAUGAAAACUGGAUUUUCAUUGAUUAGGCUUAAACGCCUUCGGGAACUAGAUCUUUCCGGUUGCAAUCGAAUCACCGAUGUUAGUUUGAAACAUGCAUUUGCUUUCCCGGAAUUGAAAAUCUUAAACUUGAGUCAAUGCCAACAGGUAACACACGUGGGAUUGGAUUAUUUAUCCAGGAACAAUCCAGCAAUCGAAGAUCUUAAUCUGAAUCAGUGUCAUAAUAUAUCGGAUAUUGGAAUAUCGUAUCUGGCACAGAGACUGCACAGAUUAAAGCGGCUUCUUAUACAGGGUUGUUCACAACUCACGGAUCAUACUCUUGACUCCAUUAAAGUGUAUUGUAAGAGUCUUCAUUACUUGGACACACGUUACUGUCGUGGAAUGACAGUGGCUGGUCUCGAAAGCUUAACACAUCUGUAUGUCGAUUGGAUCAAACAUAUCGAUGAUAUUGUCUCACCUGAGAAUGAAAUACUUCCACCACCAGCACCGCCUUUACCGUCAUUACCUUCUUUACCAUAG